AUGGCAGACGACAUCGAAGACCAACUCUGCAUAAUUCUAAAGAAAACAGAAUUCAGCUUGCAGUUGGACGAGUCUGCUUUGCCAGGUAAUGAUUCCCUCCUCCUCGCAUAUGUUCGUUUUGUGAAAGAGGAAAGUUUAUGCCAAGAACUGCUCUUUGCCAGACUAUUGGAAACUAAUAGCAAGGGUGAAUCCAUUUUCAAUGUGGUCAAGAGCUUUAUUGGCAAAAAGGACAUCCCACUGAAUAAUAUUGUAGCCUGUGCAACUGAUGGUGCACCAUCGAUGAUUGGCUGUCAUCGCGGCUUCAUCAGUUAUCUCAAAGUCAGUCUGCCUGAUGUCUUCACGAUGCACAGCGUGAUCCACUGA